ACUCUUCGCCCAUUUACUUAACAUCACUUCCCCACCGCCGGGAAACAAACAGGCUCCUGAAGCUGCAGAGGUAGAGAAGUGAGAUCGAUGAGAGUGAGUGUCUGCAGAAAGCUGUCAGCUGUCAGCACCUGGAGCCUCUCGUUCUUCUUCUUUUCCUUCUUCUUCUUCUCCUCAGGAACUGCGAGUCGUCUCGAGCGCUCACUUUGUCACUGAUUUUGCCGGGACACUUCUCAGAUCAAGUCUGCGGAGUUCUCUCGGCAUGGGAAGACAUCUGCUCUAACUGAUAAUCGGAUUUGUUUUUCCUGCACAUUCUUCUUUCUGAAUAAUGGAGAGUUGACAGCUCGAGAAGAACCUGACUAACAGCAGUGUGACGGGCUAAAGAGGAUAAAGCUCUCUCUACAGAGCCAGUGCCCGAUCUUGCCUCACUCACAGGGCUUCUUAUCAUCGAUUUCAAACACAUACUUACUGCGGGAUCAGCUGACGGGGAGAGGUGUCAUGGCUGCGUAUGGACAGACUCAGUACAGCCCGGCCCUCCAGCCUGCAGGGCCAUACACACCUUACACUCACCACACACAGGGCUACAGCAUGCCAUCUUACAACAUUAAAACAGAAGACGGCCUGAGUCACUCUCCAGGACAGACGGGAUUACUGGGCUACUCAAACUUCAGCAGCACUCCUCCCAGUCAGAGUCUCUACAGCUACUCGCACACACACGGUGGUGGUAUUUCAUCUGGAAUUUUUCAAGGCACCCAUGCAAUCUCAAAUUCAACUCCAUUCAACUCUACCCAACAAGAGUUUUCAGCAUACUCGAGCUACAGUCAGAGUCAGUACCCUCCAUAUUAUAACUCACAUCACUACAACAGCCCCUACCUAACCAGCAGCAACAUCAGCCCCGCUGCCAUCACAGCUCCGUCAGCCUAUCAGCAUCCAGAACACCCUGUAAUGCUGCCCAAUCACAGCCCAGAGCCACACACAGGAGAGUACCACCCGCCGCCCAGCCCCCCCACACCAGGUAAAGAGGAGGCAGUCCCAGCACGGAGGGGGUCAGAUGGGAAGUUGAGAGGGAGGAAAAGAGUCAGUGACCCCACUCCACCUCUGGACUCUGAUAUAGAGCGUGUGUUUAUCUGGGACCUGGAUGAAACCAUCAUCAUUUUCCAUUCGCUCCUCACGGGAACCUUCUCCUCACGAUUUGGCAAGGACUCCUCAAAGGCAGUGUCUCUUGGUUUGUGGAUGGAGGAGAUGAUUUUCAACCUGGCCGACUCGAGACUCUUCUUCAAUGACUUGGAGGAAUGUGACCAGGUUCAUAUUGAUGACGUGGCAUCAGACGACAACGGGCAGGACUUGAGCACUUACAACUUUGGGUCAGACGGCUUCCAGAGCCCAGCGGGGGCAGGCUCUUUGUGCCUGGGGUCCGGGGUUCACGGAGGGGUGGACUGGAUGAGGAAACUGGCUUUUCGAUACCGCAGAGUCAAGGAGAUCUACAACACAUACAAGAAUAAUGUUGGUGGUUUGCUGGGCAGCCCCAAGCGAGAGGAGUGGUUACAGCUGAGGAGAGAAAUGGAGGUCCUGACUGACCUAUGGCUGACUCAAGCACUCAAAUCUCUGGCUCUCAUCAACUCCAGUAUAAAUGUGUCUAUCCUGUCCUGUUCCAGGCCUAACUGUGUAAAUGUGUUGGUAACCACCACCCAGCUCAUCCCAGCCCUCUCCAAGGUGUUACUGUACGGACUGGGCUCAGCUUUCCCCAUAGAAAACAUAUACAGUGCCACCAAGACAGGCAAAGAGAGCUGCUUUGAGCGUGUCUCUCAGAGGUUUGGUCGGAGAGCAGUUUAUGUGGUGAUAGGAGAUGGAGCCGAAGAAGAGUCUGUGGCCAAAAAGAAGAACAUGCCGUUCUGGAGGGUGUCCUGUCGGGCCGAUCUAGAGGCUCUGAGCCAUGCACUGGAGCUGGACUACCUCUAGAGGGCGCCAGCUGUCACGCUCUGCUCUUCCACCCAAAUCAUGAGAAGCUCCUGAACUCCUGAGUGCCGCUAGUAGGUGAAGCUGCCCCGAGAGACUGAUUCAGAGUCAGUAUUGCUAUUUCAAAGUUUGGCAAAAGGCAUUUGAUCCCUAAUGAGCACCUAGGUGGACAAUUUCGCUUUAAAGCCAAAGGAACUGUGAGGAUUUCGAAGCGAAAGCUGUAGUGUAUCUAUGACAUAAACAUGAGGCCGACAGUGCUGGACCAAAAUAAAAGACCAAAGACACAUAAGGGACCAAAGCUUCAUAACUAACCCCAGGGAACUAUGGUUAAUACUGCAAAUACUUUUUUACUCUUUCCUUUUUUUUAAAUUCAGUUCAUCUCAACUUUAUGAAAGGUGUCCCACUUUUGUACACAAAAAAAGUGAUGCACUAAAUGCAAACAUCCUGUUUAUUAAACACAGUAAGUAUGUCUGCAUGGAUGAAAAGAUGAGAUUGUUUGUUCGGCUGUGUGUGUUUUUUAUUUGUUGUGAGACUAAACCCAUUUUCCACUGACCAACACUAUUUUAAAGAUAACAUUAGAAACAAGACUUCAAGUUAUGAUGUUACGUGGGAUACAUUUUGCCUUCAUUAUCAUUUUAUAACUGAUUUAUUCAUGUCGGCUAGAUAAAUGUCAGAUAUUCUCCUCAUAGGUAGAGGCUAUUGAAAAUAGUUUGAUUGUAUUUUACCAUUUAAAUGUGAGCUAUUUAUUAUUGGUUACAUUUUAAAACACAAUGAGGUAUAAACAGUUUGGGAGCUCGACAUAAAAAUAUCCCCUUCAAAGACUAAACAUAUGCUUUUGUAAAAAUGUUUCGAUAAGAUGUUGUCUUGAAGAUGCUGUAAUAUGUAGGCUGGUGCUUGAAUCCUUACUUUUGAUUAUGGGUUGUAUAUGUUGUCAUGUUUUAACACUCCUUCUUUUCUGUCCUUGUUUAAUUUCCUAAUAACCUGUUUGUAAUAUAGAUGAACUGGUAUGGUUGUGCAUGUGCCGAUUACACCGCCUGUCAGCUUAGCUAUGAUUUGUAUAUAAUGCUUUAUUGUCGAUUUGU